AUGCUUACUGGAUUGCUCGACAACCUACUGAAGCGCGACAUCAAGAAGAUCACAGGCCGAUCACUACACAAUGCUGGAAUCAGCAAGAACAAAGCAAACGUCGCUGCCACGGAUGAAUCUCAGACUGCCAAAGCUGCUACCUCAUUAUACAACGUCUCUCGAAUCACGACGCUGAUGAUCUUCCUGACGAUGCUUCUCACGAUGGACCUGCUAUUCCUAAACGAAGGAGACUUCAAAUUCGACCUGCAUUAUAAAAUAAGUGCACGUGGAGUCUCUCGGAACGCCAACGACUUCUGA